AUGCAAUCGCACUAUUCACAUUUAUCAUGCAAGCCGGCUGGGCUGGUAUUAUCUGCACCGGCGGACUGGAUGGUCAUCUCGGGCCCCCACUCGAAAAGCUCGCAAGCGCAGUCAACUCCACGAAGCGACAGCCAAAUCGACCGCUCUCGGCGCCACAUACUGAAGCCCAAUCUGACUGCGAGCGUCACCUCCACCGAUCCGCACGCAUUACUUGUCAGAGUGAUACGGAAAUACGAUGCAAAAGAGACCCUCCCCAACUGGUUUAUGAUUGCUCGCUCAUUCUCGGAGCUGGUGCUGCGUCCAGUGCUCGAGGCCAGUCCGCGAAGAGACAUCAUAUCUGCGGCCAUCUCUCAAGCCAGCAGCAACGCCAUGAAGCUCGGAUAUAUCAAGUCCUACUUCCAGAUGUUGUACCAUUGUCUGCACAAGGGCACGAACGGAACAGGGCCGAUCAAGAUUCUGACGAUAAACGCCUCGGAGAAGCGCAAGCGUCCCAAGCGGGCCCUGAAGCGCCGGGCCCGUGGUCCUGUUGUCAUCGAUGACGAAGAUAUGAACAAACUUGUCGCGGUGCUUGUUGCGGCAUUUGAUAGCCUCCGGUGCUUUCGUCUCGAGAAGCAAACAGGCGCGAUACCGGUUGAGUGGCCGUGUCCUCGGGCGGCUCGCGAUUCUUGUUGCGGAUGCGGGGAUAUGGCCCCGAGUGUGUCGGAAAUGGCCAACCCCUGA